AUGACUACGGACACUUGGGAUGUCCAGACAGGUUCCAGUUUCCGUUCCUCCGUGUCGUGCGCGGCUCUUGAGGACCCAGCCUCGCAUUCAACUUGUGGUGACGGCAGCAUGAUUGCCGGAUUGCAGGCGGCUUUCUUCACUGCCAGUGUCGUGGACGUUUGGGACCGCCGUCACCUCUUCUGGAGGGCCAGCCGCUGCCGAGGUGUGUCUUUGUCGCCGGUGGCAUGGCUGCGACUGGCAGAUUUCGGGGAAGCUCGGUUCCAAUCCGAGGGCAUGGUCUCUCUUGGCAGUCUGAACCGGUACUCUUCGCCGGAAAGGCUCCGUGAUGAGGUACCGAUGACCGCCAGCGACGUCUGGUCGGCCGGCGUCACGCUCUACGAGCUCCUCCUGCAGCCAUUCGUCACAAUGCCGAAAGCGGAGCCGGGCCAGCGCUUCAAGCGCUGGGAGGUUCAAAUGGAGCUCCU